AAUGUUAAUUAAUACAAACCGGACAAUACUAAUCAUUUGCUAAAAAAGAAAAGAAGUGAUUAAGCUACAAAUCAUCUGAAUUCAGCCAAUUCAAAUAAAAGAAUAAUUUCGAUUUGUAUUAUUUUACAAUCAUUUUAUCCUCUACAACCACAAUUACACUGCUUCCAAAUGCUUUUUAAGAAUUCAAACGCAGGGGUGUCAAAAGUAUGGCCCAGGACCAUUUGUGUCCCUCUGAAUGAUUUUGUACAGCCCCUGCCCGCAGUUCAAGAAUGGUACACAUUUAAUCAUUUAGGGUAGGAUUUUAUUGAGAAAUUAAGAUCUUCACAGAUUGGAAAAUGUUAGGUACAGCACAAAGUUUUUGUCUUUUAAUAAACAAGUUUUUUUUGGCUUUCAUUCAAAUUUUAUACUAAAUAGGGCAAUAAACAUUCAGUGACUUCUGAUCAGAAGGAAGCUUCAUUGCACCUGUUCAUUAAACAUGGCUAAGAACAUCACGCAUAUUAUAGGAAUGAUUGACUCAUGUCCAGUUCUUUUUUUCUAAGCAUACACUAAAAAUCUUUUCUGGAGCGUAGUAAAAAAAUAAUCAACCCCCCAAAAUUUGGGAAAGUAUGCCUUUCUUUUGAAAACAUAUGUGACUCUUUUAAAUCUAAAAUGAUUUGAAGAUCGAGAACGUUACACUACUUUGGCUGUUACAUUAAAACAUUGCAUGUUUAGUUUAUUGUUGAGAGGAUAAUAAUAUAUAUAUAAUAAGAAACAUCUGAAUAAUUAAGGCUUCAAAUUUCUAAAUAACCAAAUUUAAAGUAUUACUUCAUCCUCAAAACCCCAUUACAGAGUCCCUUUAUGUAGUUUUAACCAAUUAUCUUGAACGAUUGCAUAUUUGAACCACUACCAGUGCAUUCUAGUGAUGUAAUGUUCAUUAAAUAAUUAAUUUAUAUAGGAGGAGAAAAAUCAAUAGGAACACUGUAUAUAAACAGUGUAUGGAAGGAGGAGGAUGAGAAAGGAUGAGCACGUCGGCCAGACGAAUGGAAACCCCACCCAGGCCUGAUUCCUCGCUGCUCAGUUCUCUGAUAAGCAGCUGAGGAGGAAGUCAAGCAUUAUUUCACUGGGACAUACAAGACAGGAUGAUCAACUUUAUUCAGCUAAUCAAGAUACUGUUGCAAAGACCCAGACAGCCUCUGUCAGUUGACCUCAUAACCACCUAGAGCAGUGAUUUCAGUGUCAGGACAGUGGAUUUCUGAAUCUGAAAACUUUAUUUUCUUUUUUUAAAGGACAUCAAUCCUCCUAGGCUUUGGCAUUAUUUUACAGAAGCUCCAUGUUCACUGAAGAAAAAAGCAGAGUUUUAGAGCUGUAAAAGGGACAUUGUAAGACUUUAAAAGUGGAAGACGCCUUCAGUUGCAGGGCAGGGAUAGAGUUUAAACCAAAAUUUGAGAAAUUUUCAGACAUCCUGAAUAUAGUUCUCUUCAUACCUGGUUUGCAUGCCCAGAAUACUCACAUAUGUCCAUGUAAAUGUUAGUUUUGCUUAGUGGUCAUGAUCGCCAGGCUUUUGUACCUGCUCUGGAAGACUGUCUUGUUAUAAGAUUUGUUACUCAAGGAGAAGCCCAUCCUUUCACAGCCAUGGAGGGUCUUGAGCAACUUGAUGUAGUGGGUGAUAUUAGCCCAGCUCUGGAGGCAACAGAGGACUUCAUCCACUGCAUGGAUAGGAUCCAGGGUCAAGGCCCAAGCCUCGCUCAAACAAGCAACCGCCAGCCUGCAAGGCAGCCUAAGCAGCUGCAGGAUGUGUCCAGUGCUGCUCUGGGGAAGCUGAGCUCCAGCGGUGUGUGGAAUAUUUUGGCUAGAGAGCAGCCAGAGGUGGGGCCCCUUGGCCUGGCCUGGGCUGACAACUUCAGCGUGCUGGGUCUGGGGAUAGGUUUGAGGCACGGCAAGAGAAGCCGAGCCCGCUCCACCAAUGACCUGUUGGCCCAUAUACAGGAGUGCACCAACAACACUGGAAACUCCUCUUCUAAGUCAGUUUUUAAAAAAGGACACAAUCGGUCCAGGUCAGAUGUCAACUACCGACCGUCUGCAUACACAGACAAUGGACUGCCCAGAGUGGACUGCAACAUGUUGAAGAACGUGAUUCUCAACCAGCAGCAGGACGUUGACAAAAGCAGCACUAGCAGUGUGGUGAAGCAGGGUGAGAUGGAGCAACGUGAAGGCCCACGGGGCCGGUGGACACCCUGCUUUGUUGAGCUGACUUCCUGCGAGCUACGCCUCUACACUCUGGACAGCAGUGCCAAUCGCCAACUGGGCACUGCCUACUCUCUGUCACAUUGCCAGAGCGUCAUCGCACCGGCACCCUGCAGCCAGUCCAGUCAGAUGAGCCAGCCUGGCGACAAACGCACACUCCAGGCCUUGUUCUUCAACAGCACGCGUCUCCAGCUAAGGGCAGCCAACCAGUGGGAAGCAAUGCAGUGGAGACAGCUGAUGUGGGAGAAGGUUCAGGCAGCUAGACCCGUAAGGCAGGAAAACUGCAAGCAUAAGAACGGGGUUCAGCAGAGUGCUGAAUUUCCUGUGCCAAUGUCACCUUCCUCAUCGCCCUCUCCUUCUGGGCUCGACACCCGACCUGAUGGGGAUAGCGACACUCCAACCUCAACUGAGGUAUCCCUUUCUAUUAAUUCUGGAGUUCUGAGUAGACCAACCACCCUCCUUCUGUUUAACCAGUGCUUCCAGGAUGUGCUGAAAGCAGGGCCUCUUUGCCUGCUGAUGGAUCAGAACAACUGGCGGGCCUUCACUUUUGUCUUAACAAGAUCUGCUCUCCAAGCCUUCUCUAUUGAAGGCAGGGAGUCUGUGUCCCAGCCGGUCCUCCAGCACUCCCUAGCUUCCUGCUUGUCAGUACAGCAAGAUCUUGUACCAGAGACUGGAGAGUCAUGGGCGGAUAAAGAGCAGUAUUUCCAGGCUGCUUUUCCCAAUGAGGUCCUCAAACUCCAGGCAGACGAUCACAUAAAAGCCCAGGAAUGGGUGGAGGCACUGCAACAGGCAGUGGAUGCACAGCAGCCUGCACGAGAGGACAAGAGAGAAUCAGGCGAAGGACCUCCAGAUCUCCAAGGAGUGUUGUUUAGAUCCAAACCAUCAAGGGAUAGGAGGCAGAGGGAGGCCCAGAGAGCCAAGCGGCAGUCAGUCACCACCAGUUUCCUCAGUAUUCUCACCUGCCUGGCUGUGGAGAAGGGGCUCACCGCUCAGAGCUUUAGGUGUGCAGGUUGUCAGCGUCCGGUCGGCCUGUCCAAAGGAAAGGCAAAAGUUUGCUGCUACAGCGGCUGGUACUACUGCCAGAGCUGCCAUCAGGAUAACUCUUUCCUCAUCCCUGCACGGCUGCUGCACAACUGGGACACCAGUAAGCACAAGGUGUCUAAACAGGCCAAGGAGUUUCUGGAGUUUGUGUACGAGGAGCCUUUGCUGGAUAUCCAGCAGCUCAACCCCUGCCUGUACGAACACUGCGAAGCGUUGAGCACAGUGCUGCGCCUCCGUCAGCAGCUCCAGUCGCUGAGGGCCUACUUGUUCAGCUGCAGGGCAACCAUUGCUGAAGACCUCAGGCGAAGGAUUUUUCCCAGGGAAUACCUUCUACAGCACAUUCACCUGUACUCUCUGGCUGACCUGCAGCAGGUGAUUGAUGGGAAACUGGCUCCCUUCCUGUCCAAGGUGAUCAAGUUUGCCAGCUCCCACGUGUUCAGCUGCAGCUUGUGUCGAGAAAAGGGCUUCAUCUGUGAGCUCUGCCAAAACAGACAGGUCAUCUACCCCUUUCAGGAGAACGUCACCCGAAGGUGUGACGGCUGCGGUGCCGUUUUUCACGCGGAGUGUCGACAGAAAGCUCAGCCGUGUCCCCGCUGUGUCCGCAGAGAACUCCACCACAAAAGGCCAUCGUCCUUCUGGUCACCCGACGAUGACAGCCCUGGAUGCUUUCAUCUACCUUACCAAGACACCUGAGGUCCUCCAUGUGCACACUGGCCAGGAGCAAACGGGCCGUCAUAUGGCCACCACCAGGACAAAGUGCCUGUGUUAGUUAUUUAUAUAUCUGCAGGUUGAAAGCCGCUGCAGCUUUGACCACAGGACAGAUGCAGCUGCAGAACCCACACCUGAGCUGAGCCUCCUUUGUCAUACUGUAAGGAAGGAGAAAAGAACCAACUGCAGCAUAAGGCUGUAUAGGCCCAAGUACUCGUUACUGUUUAGUCACGUCUUAUCCUUUAAUGAAUCCUCUCCCACUGUCACUUACCUCCUACUCCAGGUUAAACACAUCAAAUCACAGCUAAUAACACCAGGAAGUCAAACUGCACAACCUUGGCUUGCUUGUUGUAACCUCUUAGAUUAAAUUAUUUCUCAGCAAACAAGAAGUUGGAACAAAGCACACUGCAAAAGCUUUGUGAACCUUUUUCCAUACUAAAUUGCAAAACAACAGAGAAAAAUGGGUUAAUCUAUUGAAUAAAAACAUAUCUUAAAUAUAUCUGCUCUUAUAAGCCUUCCACGAACAUUCUUGCACACUGUAGCGCAGAGAAUAAGCAAUUUGAAAUCAAAUACUGGGUGAGUUAUGUUGUGUGUUUGUCUUGAAGCAAUACUCGGGUACUCUUAGUAAUAAUGAAGGUUGGCAUAGGCCGCCCGGAAAUCUGAAAUAUGGAAACUGAUUGGAUCAUUCUCCAGGUGUGGAAAAGUCGAGGUUUUUUACCUUGAUUUCUAGUUAAAUUAAAUUUAGAUUUGAUUUGCCACAUCACAACCUGGGUGUUUUUUCAAAUUUUACAUUUAUUUUAAUUUAAAAUGUUUUUUUUUUUUUUAUUACUAACAGAAGCCCACAGAUAAACGUCAACUCGUUUACAAAUGUAAAAUUUGUCUUUAUGGCCUCUAGACUCUGAUCAAAGUUUAAAACUGGUGCUGUGGUUCUUUAAUUAGGUCGGGUUCAGGAACCACGUCAAUCAUGUAGGAAAAUAUAGUCCAGCUUUAACAAGUCUAAGUCCUGUACAUUUUGUAAUGGAGCUAAUUUAAGCUGGUCAAGAUGCCAAAAAUUUGUGAAGUAGCCUUCAGCCCAAUGCUAAAUAAGAAAACAUAUGUGCAUUGUCCACAGAUGUCCACAGUGUUCUAAAAAAUGCAGAUAAAAAUGUAGAAUAUGUCCCUUUUGACAAGAAUGGACGUUUAAAAUUGGAACAUUUUUACGAAACUUGUUUUUACGGAAAUUAUUUAGAAUAAGAUCACAGUCUAUAUUUUAUCUUCACAGAUGUUAGAGGGUACUUUGAUUAUUAGUUUGUUUCGACGUAACAUUUUACCCUAUCCAGAUGUACACUGAUCAGACUGUUUUGGCUGAUUUCCAACCUCUGGUUGUCGUGAAACUUUGACCUGCCAUUCAAAAUAUUCCUUCAAUCAAUAUGCCAUUGAUUAGCGUGGUUAGCUCAACUAGCUUUACAAUAAAAUGUAUGUAUGUAUAACGUAGUAAAUGUAGAUGCUUACAUUAACUCUGGGAAUGCCAAAAGGCUGAAGAUAUUUUUAAUUUCAUGUUUUAUAACAGAUAGAAAAACAUUGUGAUAAGAUAUUCAACCUUCCUGUUAUCUGCUAAAAGUCUUGCUCUCUGUCACAGUCUGAAUACGUAGCAGAUGUGUAUCAAUGUUGUAGAAAGUACAGUUUGCUUUUCAAUAGCUUCCUGCAUCUCUGUGCUUUCUCUGACUUUGUUUUUAAACACUCAUUGACACUGAAAAUAGCUGAUUGUGAGUCUUCUAUCCACAUUAUCAGCUUCCACCCCUGAGAGUAGGUGCAACCUGCUAACUAUGGUGGGCCCAGUCAUUAGAAAAAAGGGAAAAUCUGAUUUUUAGCUGCUUCUACUCAGCUUGUCAACAGGCAAACUGAUCUGAAUAUUGUCCAAUUCCAUUCCCCAGCCAAUUUGUUGGUGUAUGUCUACACUUGUUGAUAAAUCAAAGGACAAUAAAAAAGCAACCAAUGCACACCAUAGCCCUCUCCAAAGUAAAUCUAAAAAGGUUCCAAAGCACACUUACUGCCAAAAGAUAUCAGGACAUCGCCUGGAAAACAAAAUUUGAAGAAUCCUCAAACCAUUAAAGGUGAAUUGACAGAUUUCCUAGGCAAAAGUCUAGAUAUUUAAAUUUUAAAAUCUAAGGGUUAUUAAAACAGGAAUUUUUGGAGCAUAGAAGUCAAAAUGAGAAAGUGAUGUUGGGGAAGUCUACCAUAAUGUUCAACUUUUGUGUUUUUUAUAAAUUUCAAUAUACUACUCUUAAAGGUCAUAAUCACGCACAUUCGAGUCUUUACUUCAAUUUUCAGGUGACAAUAAUUUGAAGCCACUUUAUUUGGAUGUUUAAUGGUAAAAAACAAUAUUAAUAAAUAAUAAAAAUGAUAGCCAUGAUUGCAAAACAUAAAUCAUUCCUUUUGUUUCAACCAACCUUUCUUGAAACUAACUGAUUUAUCAUGUAACUUUGUAAUGAAACAUGUUUCUUACUCAAUUUCCUCAUGUAAAUGUAGAAGUGCAAUCAGACUUUAAUCUAAAAUUUACUGACUGGCCAAAAAUGACCAAACUGGAAGAUAAAAGGGACAAUAAUGGAUACUCCUCUCAUUGCUUCCUUCACCUCCCCUGUGAUUCUGCUUCCUGUUGUGCUUUACUCAUGUAUAAUCUAUCAGAUAUGAUAGCAGCUUUAGCUUUUAGUAUCGCUAUGCAACCUAGACGGCCUUCUAUACCCCCCACCUCCCCUCGCUGUUAUGUGUACACAAACACAGCAACGCUGUCUUGUUUUCACCCAGAUUUUGGUGAAAUCUUGAAUAGUUUUUGUCCAGAUUUACUUUUCUCGUCACUUUUUUUUUGUUAAUCAAAUCCUUGAUGAUAAAAUAAACAAAGGUAAUUUUAAAUGCUAAAUACAACACACCUCCAUUCAGAAGGCUGGAAAAAGUCCUAAAAAUCCACAAGAACCUGGAGAGAGAGGUUCAUGGACUGAUGCUGCUUUGGAGCUGAAAUCGGAUAAUUUAUUGAACAAAUAGAAAGUUAGCUGCUGGCUCCACUGUUUUUGUUUUUUUCCCAUAAACUGAAACUUUACUAUUGAUCCUGUUAUUGAAAUUUGUCAGCUUGAAGCUCACAACGUGAAAACCACAUGGUGGGUUCUUUGGGUUGCUGUGUAUUUUGUUACUUCAUUCCUUUGACGUUUUUUCUUAUUUCUUAUCCAACUUGCUUUGUUCCGACUAAGUCUCUAUUUGUGUACGCUUCAACAACCAAUGUUAAGUUAUUUUCUGCAAUCCGCUGGAAGGAAAUGUGGUUACAUGACUAAUUUAAAAAAAAACAUCUACCAGCAGGAAUUUGCUUAGUUAUUUUGGUUUGAUCAGGGGUCAUAAUCAGUCUUAUUUUAUUAGUCAGUUGGCCUGAAUGGGAAUCGGGGGCCAAAAAAACUAGGAAUAGUGGGUAACGCAAGGUUUUAUGAAAGUUAAACAUAGUUAAAGUAAACAUCAGAUUUAAGGAUUUAUUGACGAUUUAUUACUGCAAUCCAUGACAAGAAUUACCUACGAAGAUCAAUGAACUGCUACCACAUGGGUUUGGGACAUUGGUACGAUAUGGUGUGUUUCCAGGUACAAAAUAUCAAAGCAACGCUGCAAAAUGGCACAAAUAUUUGUUUUUCCUCAAGGUUGAUGCAAUUGUUUUGCUUUAUGUUUUUCCCAUUUGAAGCAGCGUUAGUUGAUGUUGAAAAAAAAAGUGUUUCAUUGAUCCUUGCUGAAUGUUCAUGCUGCAAAAAGGAAAAUGUUUUUGACUGCAUUGUUUUUUUAAAGUGUUUUAUUUAUUCGUGCUGGGGAGCCUGGCAGGUUUUAAGGAGAUUUUGUGUGUGUUUGAAAUAAUUGAAUGUUAAUCCGAGGACCUCAAAGCGCUUAUUUUAUUUAAACUUAUUUAAAGUGAUUAUUCCUUUUUCAAAUUUUACAUUUAGAGGGAAUAAUUUGACUCCAUAUUUCAGUUACAACCAAGAUAGACAGGCUUUUUUUAAAUGACCAGGAUACAUUUUUUCCAGGUUAUAAAUUUUAGUGGAACCUCACAUGGACAGAGUUUUUUGUAGCACUUUAUAGAAAACUACUGUAUAUUUCCCAGUAUUGGAGAACAUGAGUUCCAGUACUUGCAGAUAAUCCUGAAAUACCUGCUGGGCUCCACACUUUGCCUCUCCGCAACUAAAGAUGCAUCAGAUCACUUUACAAGUUCUUUCAAUUAUUUGUUUUUGUUUAUAAUUUUUUUUACAAAUUUGUUGAACUUUUGUUGUUGUUGCACUAUUUACUUUGAGGGUUCUUGAACAUGUCAUGUUGUGUUUGUUUAAUGUUCUGUUCAAUUGUAUUGAGUUUUAUUUCAGUUAUAAUUCUGAAAUGAACCUGAGAUCCUGGUCAUAUCAUGGCUAAUAAUAAGCAUUGGUUUUGUUUUCAGUUUGCAGCUGCAGAGGCUCUUGAUGUUUCAGGCACGUUGUUACUUACAAAUACAUUAUAAACUGUUUAAGGAGAGGAAAUGGGAUGAAGCUCUGUGCACUUUUAAAAUGAUUUUGCUGUCACUGUUUUGGUUUUGUUUGAUUCUUUCAGCCUAACUCUUAUGCAAGCCCAUGGAGUUGUCUACUCGUCCUCAUGUCUGGUUGUUGGAAUUGACCCACUGAUGCCAAUAAAAACAAACUUAUUAAUAGUAA